AUGAUCUUUGGUUCAAUGAGAGAGAGGGCAUUAAUGGCAUCAGCUAUCCCAAGUUCAGGAUAUCCGCAAAGAGUAUUAAGAGAGAAACCUCAAAAUAAUGAUAUUAUAAUUGAGGAAGAAGAUGGGUCUAAAGAUGUUGAACACAUAUUAUCUUCUUCAGUUUCUGGGGCUUCCUCACUUGUCUUACUUCAAUUGAUCAGUUUUCGUUGUGCACUGUUGAGAAGUGGAAAUACAGUGAUUAAUAAUGGUGAUGAUGAUAUAAAAAAUGAAAGUUCUUCAAAUUCUUCUUCAGGGGAAAAGGUAGUUUUAGUAAAUUCUAGAAAAGGUUCCAUGCAAAAGAUCAUAAAUUUAUCAUAUAUUCCAAUCCCCAUUGGAAUAAUUAUAACUUUUCUUGUCUGUGCAUUUCAAAUAUUUUAUGCUACAGAAGAGACAUUCGCUACACCAUAUUUUAUAACUUCAGUAAUUUUAUAUGGUUUAGCUGCUUUUGGAGAACUUCUUAUUGAACCAUUAUAUAUAAUAGCUAUGAAUAAUUUGAUUUAUAAAUUGCGAGUUGGAUGUGAAGGAAUUGGUGUAAUUGUUCGUUGUUUAAUUACACUUGGUUUAACAAUUUUGGGUGUACAUAAAAUUGAUAAUGAUAAUGAAGAUAAUAAAUAUGGAAUAUUAGCAUUUGCAAUUGCACAAUUUACUUAUACACUUAUAUUGAUGGUCGGAUAUAUUGGAUACUUUUUAUAUUAUUGGAAUAUUGGUUUAUUGAUUCCACGAAAACUUCAAGAUGAAAGUAAUCCCGAAGAUCAAGGAAUAUAUGCAUUUGUUGUAAAUUAUGGUUCAUUGAUUGUUCGUAUCUUAUUUCAACCUCUUGAAGAAACAGCAAAAAAAACUUCAUUGGUCAUGUCUCUUAAAAUAUUAACAACUUUAAUCAAAUUUCAUAUUUUACUUGGAUUGAUUUUUAUUGGACUUGCAACAAAUUAUACUGGAGCUUUGAUAGAUAUUUUAGUAGGGUCAAUGUGGUCACAAUCACCUGCUCCAUUGGCUUUAUCAUUUUAUUGUUUAUAUGUUCCAAUUAUGGGAAUUAAUGGUAUAACUGAAGCAUUUGUAGCUGCUGUUGCAACAAAAGAAACACUUAAUACAUUAAAUUAUUGGUUAAUAGCUUUUUCAGCUGGAUUUGUUGGAAAUGGAAUAAUUUUUAUGAAAAUAUUAUCAGCUGGUGCGAUAGGACUGGUUGCUGCAAAUGCUUUAAAUUUACUAACACGUAUUUUAUGGAGUUGGAAAUUCAUUAAAACUUAUUUUUUAAAAGAUCGAGGUGCUUCAAAAAAGGAUCUUGAAGAAUUACAACAGAUGUUAAUUAUUUCAAAUCUUACUCCAAAACCAUUGAUUUGGAUUUCUUUUAUGAUUAGUUGGGGAAUUACUUUUUGGUCAAAUCAAUAUAUUGGAUGGAAUACAUUAGAUGCUAAAAUAAAACAUAUUGGAAUUGGAAUUUUUUGUGCUGUUUUUGUUUCUGAAAUGGCUAAACAUCAUCCAGAUCUUAUUAUGUGCCGCAAGCAACCAGGCAUAGCUAUCGGUCGUUUAUGUGAAAAAUGUGAUGGAAAAUGUACACCCUUGUUCGGUCGAUGCGUAAUUUGUGGGGCACCCGGAGUUUCAGAUGCUUAUUAUUGUAAAGAAUGUGUUUUACAAGAAAAAGAUAUCGUAAAUCUUGGAUCAUCAAAGACGGAUCUAUUUUAUGAACGGAAAAAGUAUGGGUUUAAGAAAAGGUGA